CAAAAAAAGUCUAACCGCCCUCUUCACCCUCCCCAGUGGCCUCCCCUCUCUUUUGCUUCCCCACACACAUUUCGUUUUCAUUCUCCGAUUAUUCACUCGCCCUUCCCUCAUCACUCCUAAUUUCCGAUGACCGGCGGCGAUAACUGUCACCGGACGGAGAACUGAGAUAAAACAGCUCACACAUAGAUACACCACACUCUCUCUCCUCUCUCCGUUCCAGCAUGUCCGAGAACAACGACGUAACGCUACAGACCUUCCGAGCGCUGGUAGAGAGCGCUGACCACAAGUUCGCUAGGGUUCGCGACGUUCCUGCGUACGGUCGCGUGAGCCAGAGCCACUUCUUCCACAAGGUGUUCAAGGCGUACACGCGGCUCUGGAAGUACCAGCAAGAGAACCGGUCGAAGCUGGUUCAGUGCGGCCUCAAGCGCUGGGAAAUCGGCGAGAUCGCGAGCCGAAUUGGCCAGCUCUACUUCAGCCAGUACAUGAGGACCAGCGACAUCAGGUUCCUCGUCGAGGCCUACGUAUUCUACGAGGCCAUACUCAGCAGAAGGUACUUCGAAGGAUCUGAAGGCUCGCCGAGAGAUCUGGGAGUCCGGUCCAAGGAGUUGAGGUUCUACGCGCGGCGCUUCGUGGCUCUCGUUGACGAUUGCAGAAGUAACUUCCGGGAAACUAACUUCAAGGAGUGGAAGCAAGUGGUGCAAGAAAUUGUACGCUUUACAAAAGUCGAUAAGGGCUUUAAUAUUAGACCUCUGCGUUACUGUACCACUUUUGAUACACAUCGGUCUUCUCUUCCUUAUGUGGCUCGUUUUCAUGCAAAGAGGGUUUUAAAAUUUCAAGAUGCACUGUUGGCAAGCUAUCAUCGAAAUGAGGUCAAAUUUGCUGAGCUUACAUUGGACACCUAUAGAAUGAUACAAUGUUUAGAAUGGGAGCCCAGUGGAUUAUUUUACCAAAAGCCUACAGUUAAACCAAGUGAAAACGGUGACUCUAUUGAUCAUUCUGGAGCUUCUGGGAUAAUCAGUAUGAAUCUUGCUGCAGAUAUGACUGAUCCAAGCAUGCCUAGUAAUCCUAGAAAAGCAACCUUGUAUCAUCCGUCUGUGACGCAUUUGAUAGCAGUUAUGGCCACAAUUUGUGAGGAACUGCCAACAGAUAGUGUUGUGUUAUUAUAUAUUUCGGCAUCAGGAAAGUCUGGUCAUAGUAAUGUCUCUCCAACGGGAAAUUCUGGUGGGUCAUCCAAAUAUUCAAGAUACAAAGGGCUUUAUCAGGACUUGGGUACUUCUGAAACUCAAAAUAAUGGCAAGAGAGAAUUGAGCAGCUAUGACGAUUUUCCUAUAUAUAUAUAUAUAUAUAUAUAUAUUGGUGGUUAUUGUUCAAACAAUCUCUACCCUGGUGAUCUUAUUCCCUUCACUCGGAAGCCUCUUUUCUUGAUUAUUGAUAGUGAUAACAGCCAUGCAUUCAAGGUUUUGCAUGGUGCGGAAAGGGGGGAGACAGCCGCACUCUUUCUUUCACCUUUAAGGCCAAUUUUCAAGAACCCAUCUGAAGUACACUCACAUACUGGAAGCCAAUUUACCUUUUUCUUGACUGCUCCUUUGUCAGCAUUUUGCCAAAUGAUUGGUGUCUCCCCCAACGAGGCUGAUGCAGAUUUCUACAAUGAGGCCGAGAACAUACUUGCCAAUGCUUUCUCUGAGUGGGAAAUUAUUCUUUGUUCAUCGACUAGCAUGGAUUUAGUAUGGGCACAAAUUAUAACUGAUCCAUUUAUAAGACGGCUCAUUCUAAGAUUCAUAUUCUGCCGAUCCUUGUUAUCUUUUUUCUGUCCACCUGGGGAAAGUGAACAGUAUAUUCCCCUUUGCUUACCGCAACUACCCCCUUCUGUUUCACCAAAGGCUGAAGCAGUACGCUCUGUUGUGACGCAACUUGCUAUGCACUUUGACGUUACUGACUCCUUUCACUUCACCGAUAUAUAAGAUUUGGGACUUGUAAUGUAAAAAGAAAAUAUUGUUACUAGUAUAAAUUGCAGGCUUUGGAUGCUAAGGAUACCCGGAUCAAAUGGGAAUUUGAGACAGAAUUUUGUGGGUUGACCUUUUGGGCGACAUGAGAUAAGUAUUUAUGGUGGACAUGGGCUGUCAGGGUGGAAACAAACUUGUUGGCGAUUGUUGCGUCUGCUUCGACCCCACCCUGCAUCAGUAUUGGUUUAUAAUGCUGUAGUUGGUGGUUUGCUCUUUGCUUUAGUUAGGUCGUGGUAGGGCCUGGUUACUUUAUCAUGUGUUUGAUCGUGGCAAGCUAAUUGUUAGUCUAAAAUUAGUUGUAUUUGUUUAUACUUCAUAGCGUUGGAAGAAAAAAAAAAAAGAAAAAAGAAAAAGGGAAGUCAUUGUUAAUUCAUACCGUUUUUUAGCAGAAGUGGUCGGUAUUGAAACCCCAUUGAUUGAAGAGUUGGAUGUACUCAAGGAAGAACGAAUUCGAAAAAACUCAAAAGAAAAGUGAAACUAAUAUACCCUGUAUAUUCAACGUCAGAGCAUUUCCAUGUUUAGAUGUAGAAAGUAGAAACAUUAGGAUGCAAUGUGCCUUUUUUGUGAUAAAUAUUAUGUAAUCAUUAUUUCAGUAUCUCAUCAUCUCAUGGUGGGCUUUGGUAGUUGCUCCGUUGGUAUUAUGGCAGACAUAUUUGUGGCUAGCAGCUAUUUACUUGUUUCGAGUUUUGACACACAAAAA